UGAGGCAUGAUGUCCAACCACACCACCCUGGCCGUGGCUCGCUGGGAGGGGGUGCGUUCCCCCCUCAUCCCCACCGUCAUGUUCGUCUUCGGGGUGGUGGGCAACCUGGUGGCCAUCGUGGUGUUGUCCAAGAGCCGCCGGGAGCAGAAGGAGACCACCUUCUACACGCUGGUGUGCGGGCUGGCCGUCACCGACCUUCUGGGCACCUGCCUGGUGAGCCCCAUCACCAUCGUCACCUACCUGCGGGGCACCUGGCCCGGGGACAGCGCCUUGUGUGAGUACGCCUCCUUCGUCCUGCUCUUCUUCGGCACGGCUGGCCUCAGCAUCAUCUGUGCCAUGUCCCUGGAGCGCUACCUGGCCAUCAACCACGCCUACUUCUACAACCACUACAUGGACAAGCGGCUGGCCGGCCUCACCCUCUUCACCAUCUACGCGGCCAACACCCUGUUCUGCGCCCUGCCCUCCUGCGGCCUCGGCCGGACCGUCAAACAGUUCCCCCAGACCUGGUGCUUCAUCGACUGGCGGACUAACCACACUCGGCACGCCGCCUACUCCUACAUGUACGCCGGCUUCAACUCCUUCCUCAUCCUGGUGACCGUGGUGUGCAAUGUGCUGGUGUGCGGCGCCCUGAUCCGCAUGCACCGCCAGUUCAUGCGCCGCACCUCGCUGGGUCCCGGGCCCCGGCCGGCGCUGCCCCGCCACCGCAGCAGCUUCCGACGGCUGGCCGGCGCCGAGAUCCAGAUGGUCAUCCUGCUGAUCGCCACCUCGGCCGUGGUCCUCAUCUGCUCCAGCCCGCUGGUGAUCCGGGUGUUCAUUAACCAGCUGUACCGGCCGCCGGUGGUGCAGGACAGGGAUCUGAACCCCGACCUGCGGGCCAUCCGGAUCGCUGCCAUCAACCCCAUCCUGGACCCCUGGAUCUACAUCCUGCUGCGUAAGACCGUGCUCAACAAGCUGGUGGAGAAGGUGAAGUGCCUGUUCUGCCAGCUGGGAGCGCGGCGCUCCCCCCGGGCGGGGCGGUUCCGCCAGCUGUCCCCCCGCCGGCCCUCCGGCCUCUGCAGCCACUCCCCAUCCCUGGUGUCCAGGGAGCUGGCCAACGGCCACACCUUGCACACGGCGCUGGAGCUGACCGAGGCGGCGGCCGGGACAGCCGGAACGGGCCAGGCCGAGCUCGUCCAGCCACUGACCAUCAUGCCCCCAGGGCCGGGGCCACCUCUGGAGGACAAGCGGGGGGUCGGCCCCUUGCAGGUGACUCUCUCCGCCGAGCAGGCCAGGCAGCAGGCGGAGAGGUGCAUCUAGACUGACCGAGGGGAGGGAGCGAGGAGACGGGCCGAAUGGUGCCCAGGGGGUGGCAGCAGGAAUGACUCCCCCCACCCACAGUGAGGAGGCAGCCCCAGGUAACCAGAGACUGGUGGACAUCCCCUCCCAGGUGUGAGAGGGUCAGGGGUGUGGGCGGGGGGUGUGUGCUCCCCGCCCGGCCCCAUCCCACGGCAGGGACUGGACACAGGCUGCCGUGCAGGGCGAGGCGAGAAGGUUCUUCUCCAUGAGAAGGUUUCACCGGCGGACGUCGCCUCCGCCCGACUUGCUGUAAACUGUGAUGUCGGUUCUUUGAAUCAUUAAAUAUGUUCCGCAGGCUGA